CACAACUCUCUUAUGAAUAAUAUAAAGCUAAACGUGAACGUUGCUGGUUUCCAUGGAUCCCCGCGUAUUUGUCUUCUAUGAUCACGGCGGCUGCCGUAAAUGAAGGGGAAUGUUGUGACAAGCUGUGGACAUGCAUAAAACUUGCUAUGGGGAAUACUGUGGAAAACCUGUGCUGGCGCUGAAUGGGACAACAGAAAUAUAUGGAGAUUGUGGCGUCUGCCCAAGAGGCCAAACCAUUGAUCACAGUAAAAUCUGCAGAGAGUGUUCAGAAUCUCCCCAGUUGUACGACUGGUUAUACCUGGGCUUUAUGGCCAUGCUGCCUUUGAUAUUACAUUGGUUUUUCAUCGAGUGGUAUUCAGGGAAAAAAAGUUCUAGUGCACUUUUUCAACAUAUCACAGCUUUAUUUGAAUGCACAGUCGCUGCCCUGACGACGUUACUUGUGAAUGAACCCAUAGGAUACCUGCAACUUAAUUCCUGCCGAGUAAAGAAGCUGUCGGACUGGUAUACGAUGCUUUAUAACCCAAGCCCUGAUUAUGUGAAAACACUGCACUGUACCCACGAAGCUGUGUAUCCUCUGUACACAAUUGUGUUUAUUUACUAUUCCUUUUCCUUGGUGUUAAUGAUGAUACUCCGACCUCUCUUGAUAAAGAAAAUCGCUUGUGGAUUGGGCAAGUCAGACCGGUUUAAAAGCAUUUAUGCCGCCCUUUACUUUUUUCCAAUUCUAACCGUUAUCCAGGCAGUAGGAGGAGGGCUACUUUAUUAUGCUUUUCCUUACAUCAUUCUUGUGUUGUCUUUAAUAACACUGGCGGUCUAUAUGUCUGCUUCAGAAAUAGAGUCCUUCAAGGAUCUCCUGGUGAGGAAAAAACGGCUUGUCGUCCUUUUCAGCCACUGGGUUAUUCAUGCCUAUGGAAUCAUCUCCAUUUCAAGAGUGGAUCAGUUUGAAAAAGAUCUGCCCCUUCUCGCUUUAGUCCCAGGACCUACGCUCUUCUACCUGCUGACUGCCAAAUUCACCGACCCAUCGCGGAUCCGAUUGGAGGAGGGCAGUGGGCAUUAACUGCAAAUUAUCCCAGGAAAAUGUUUCCAAAGCAGCCGCCGCCGGCGAUGUAGUAAAUGUGGUUCUGGCUUUAUUUGUUCAUUAUGACAUAACAAGAGACUCGUCUUUAUCUUUGUUCUUCUGCAUUAUUACCGUAUAUACUCGAGUAUAAGCCAUCUCGAGUAUAAGCCGAGGUACCUAAUUUUACCUCCAAAAACUGGGAAAGCUUAUUGACUCGAGUAUAAGCCUAGGGUGAGAAAUGCAGCAGCUUCUGGUAAGUUACAAUCAAAAAAUGGAGGGUUUCUGCUCCCAUUGGAGGUGCCGGCGUCUUGUUUUGGAUGCUGGCGAUCAUUCUUGGACACAGGCUACUAUUCUUGGACGCCAGCAACUAUUCUAAGGCACCGGCGACUAUUCUUGGAUGCCGGCGACUAUUCUUAGACGCCGGCGACCGUUUUUGCGCUUGACCCGAGUAUAAGUCGAGGUAGAGUUUUUCAGCAUAUUUUGGGGGCUGAAAAACUCGGCUUAUACUCGAGUAUAUACGGUAUAUGGAGGGCGACAUUGUGGAACAUUUUGCCUUCAGGCGGCUGAUUGUCUGUUGGAAACAUUAGCCUUAAUGGUUUUAGCACAUGACUUUAUUUACUACAUCCUUUUGUCUGUGAGCAAAUGUGUGUGCAAUGGACUUUAUCUGUACAUAAUAACUGUUUUGGUUGUGGAUGAUGGAUAAGCAACGCAUCCCAAAGCAAUAGCAUUAAUAUAUUUAUUUUUUAAAACGUUGUUUUGUGAAUACAAAGAAAUGAGGGAAAGGAACUGUUUUCUUGUAAUGUUGUGUUGUGUCAUCAAAGAAUAAAAUGAUUUAAAAGA